ACCCAACUUUCCUACACUUACUGUGUUUUCGUCCUCCAACCUAUAGACAACGAUGGAAGCAUUCGAUACAUAUCAAACGCCGCUUUCUAGUCGAUAUGCGAGCAAGGAAAUGGCUCAUCUGUUUUCACCUUCAAACCGAUUCUUCACCUGGCGAAAACUGUGGUUAAAUCUCGCCAUCGCAGAAAAAGAACUGGGCCUUCGAAUCUCGGAUGAAGCGAUUUCGCAGAUGAAGGAUAAUUUGCAUCUAACACCAGAACAAUUCGACGUGGCGGCGGCGGAAGAGAAAAAACGGAGACAUGAUGUGAUGGCUCAUGUGUAUACUUUUGGAACAGUUGCGCCGGCUGCUGCGGGGAUUAUUCAUCUAGGCGCGACUUCAUGCUACGUUACCGACAACGCCGACCUCAUCUUCCUCCGCGACGGUCUCGAUUACCUCAUCCGCUCUCUCUACGUCCUGAUAUCCCGUCUAUCCGCAUUCGCCUCCAAGUAUCGAGAUCUCCCAACCUUGGGGUUCACGCAUUUCCAGCCCGCGCAGUUGACGACGGUGGGGAAACGGGCGACGUUGUGGAUACAGGAACUUCUCUGGGACCUCCGCAAUAUCAAACGUGCAAGAGAAGACCUUGGGUUCCGCGGUGUAAAAGGUACAACUGGUACUCAAGCCAGUUUCUUGGCUCUUUUCGAUGGAGACCAUGAAAAGGUCGAAUCCCUAGACAAACGCGUCACCCAGCUUUCCGGGUUCGACUACGCUUACCCCGUGACCUCACAAACCUACUCACGCAAAAUCGAUAUCGACGUACUAGCACCUCUCGCUUCCCUCGGUGCCACCGCCCACAAAAUCGCUACUGAUAUCCGUCUUUUGGCGAAUUUGAAGGAGAUCGAAGAACCAUUCGAGUCGACUCAAAUAGGCUCUUCGGCGAUGGCGUACAAACGCAAUCCAAUGCGUUCCGAACGUGUCUGUAGUCUUUCAAGACAUCUAAUGGUGUUGCACCAAAAUGCCCUUAUGACAGCAAGUGUACAGUGGUUUGAACGAACUCUGGACGAUAGUGCCAACCGCCGGAUCACACUCCCAGAAGCUUUCCUCACCGCCGACAUCGUUCUUUCCACUCUUCAAAACAUCUCCGAAGGUCUCGUCGUCUACCCCCGCGUCAUUGCUCGGCGUAUCUCGCAAGAGCUCCCCUUCAUGGCAACAGAAAACAUCAUCAUGGCUCUCGUCAAAGCCGGCGGAGACCGCCAAGAAGCUCACGAGAAUAUCCGGGUGCUAUCCCACGAAGCGGCUCACCAGGUCAAGCAGCUGGGGCUGGAGAAUGAUUUGAUCGAGCGGGUGAAGCGGGAUCCGUACUUUGACCCGAUUAAAGACCAAUUGGAUAGUUUACUAGAUCCGAAGAGUUUUGUUGGGAGGGCACCGGAGCAGGUAGAGAGGUUUUUGAGGGAGUGGGUGGACCCGGUGUUGGGGGAUGAGAUUGGGAGGGAGGUGAUUAAAGGGGCGGGGAAGGUGGAGUUGAGUGUUUGAGGGGGGUGGGGAAGUGGCAGUGGUUCCGAAUGUCUGCGGCUGGGGUGUCGUAUCGUGUUUAUGUUUAUGCUAUAUAUAUAUAUCUGAACGCGAUCGUGUUCGUACAACUCAUAACAUUGUUCUGAACGCUA